AUGGCUCCAAACAACUCCGAGACGGCCGCUCUACUGAAAGAGGCGACUGCCUUGUCCAAAACGGAUCCGUCAAAAGCAGAGACCAUCUUCCAGAAAGUCCUUUCAUUAGGCACGGGAUCGACGGAGGCCGCGUCGAGAGACUAUGAAACCGCGCUUGUUGGGCUGGGUGAACUGUAUCGCGAUCAGAAGAGACCCAAAGAACUUGCCGAACUGCUCAGAACCAGCCGCUCAUCUUUUUCCUCAUUUGCGAAGGCUAAGUCUGCGAAGCUUGUGCGACAACUCCUUGACUUUUUUGCCGCUAUCCCAAAUACCCUCGAUAUUCAGAUCUCCGUUAUCAAGUCAUGUAUAGAUUGGGCGGUGUCGGAACGACGGUCUUUCCUGCGCCAGAACCUUGAGACAAGACUUGUCACAAUAUACAUGCAAAAACAGACCUACUACGAUGCGCUUACUUUGAUCAAUUCACUACUCCGCGAGCUCAAACGUCUCGAUGAUAAACUCGUGUUGGUGGAGGUGCAGCUCCUGGAGUCGCGCGUAUAUCACGCCCUUGGAAACCAGCCCAAAGCCCGAGCUGCCUUGACAUCUGCCAGAACAUCUGCAGCGUCUGUCUACACUCCACCUUUAUUACAGGCCGGUCUGGACAUGCAGAGCGGUAUGCUUCAUGCAGAGGAUAAGGAUUUUAAUACCGCUUAUUCCUACUUCAUUGAGGCACUAGAGGGUUAUCAUUCUCUGGAAGAGGAAAGAAAAGCGACGUCUGCUUUGCAGUACAUGCUUCUUUGCAAGAUCAUGGUGAACUCCGUGAACGAUGUGAACUCCCUUUUGGCCUCGAAGCAGGCCAUUCGGUAUGCUGGUACUAGCUUGGAGGCCAUGAAGGCAGUUGCGAAAGCGCACUCGAACCGAUCCCUAGAAGAGUACGAAAGAGCAUUAUCAGACUAUCGUUACGAACUAGGUAGCGAUGUCUUUAUCCGAAAUCAUCUACGGAGGCUUUACGACGCCAUGUUGGAACAGAACUUGAUUAAGGUCAUUGAGCCAUUCAGCAGGGUGGAGAUCGACCACAUCGCUAAGAUGGUUGGUUUGGACACGCAGCAGGUUGAGAGAAAGCUUUCCCAGAUGAUCCUUGACAAGGUGAUUAUCGGCGUUUUGGACCAAGGGGCAGGCUGUCUGAUCAUAUUCGAUGAGACGGAGAGGGACCAGGGUUAUGAUGCUGCGCUCGAAACUAUUGACAAACUCAGUAGCGUUGUCGAUGUCCUAUACACAAACCAGGCAUCGCUGCUCGAGUAGUUACCGGUUUCCUUUUUGUACUCAAUACCAAAUGC